AUGGCGAAGCGCAAGGCCGAGGAGGCCUCCAUGCAGACCCUUAUGGUGCAGCUCAAGGCCACGCUGAUUGCCAAGUGCCGCACCGAGGGUCUGCCGGUCAGUGGCACCAAGGCGCAGCCGGCCCAGCGCCUGGUUGCAGCGAUGCAGGUUGACAGCGACUCGGAGGUGGCCUGCGCCCCCGAAGAAGUUGACUAUCAGGAGCUGCAUGCACGCUGGGAUCGGACUGACAUCACACUUGAGGAGGUUGAGUCCCUUUACGGCCGUGACGCUCGCGAGUUGGCUCUCCUGGAAGACCGCAUCAACCGGAGUGAGCAUGCAACGACGGAGCAGUCGGUGCAGGACAUGCAAACGGAGUUGCAGAAGCUGCAGGAGGACAUCCAAAAUCUUCCGGAGGAGAAAAAGGCGUUGGAGAAGUCUUCGAAACAGCUCGAGAAGGACAUCAAGAGCCUCGAUUCCGGUCGCGACGAGCGCAUCAAGUACUUCGAGCGUCAGGUCGUCGAGCUGAAGAAGGCCGCCAAGCAGAACGUGGAGAAGAUCGAGAAGCAGCGAGAAAAGACGGAGCAGGCGCAGGUGGAGGUUGAAGUCCUUCGCAACGAACUCCAAGCGCUCGACGCAAAGGACCAGGACAGCGGCAAGGGCCAAGAGGCCAUCCUGGCUGAGAUCGAGCAAAUGUCCGAGAACCUUGAAGCCAAGAAGGAGUCCUAUACCUCCGCCGGGGAACGGCUGGAGAUCAUGAGGGUGGAACUCCAGAACUUGGACGAAUCCUUGGGCCAGUUGGCAGAAGAGCUGACCGGCAACAAGCAGAAGCGGGAAGAGAAGGAGCUCGAGCAGAAGCGAGUCACGCACAAGAUACAGCAGCUCCAGAAGGAUGAUAAAGAGUCCCAUGUUGUGGUGGCCCGCAUGGAGAAGGAGCACCCCUGGAUCCAGAAGGAGCAGGCUCUCUUCGGGAAGAAGGGGACGGACUUCGACUUUCAAGGCAACCACUACCAGCAGAACAAGGGUCGCUUAGAAAAGUUGAACUCCGAGCAGAAAAAGCUCAGCAAGAACAUCAACAAGAAGGCGAUGGUGAUGUUCGAGAAGGCGGAGCAGGAGUACAAGGAUCUGCUCUCACGCCGCGACAUCAUCUUGAAUGACAAGAGCAAGAUCGAGAAGGUUAUCAAGGACCUGGACGAGAAGAAGAGCGAAACGCUCCGACGCACGUGGAAGAAAGUCAACAAGGACUUCGACUCCAUCUUUGGCACCCUGCUGCCGAACGCCGGCGCCAAGCUGGAGCCUCCCCAGGGCAUGGACGAGACAGAAGGUCUCGAAAUCAAGGUGUCCUUCCACGGCGUGUGGAAGCAGUCCCUGACUGAAUUGAGCGGUGGUCAGCGUUCCCUGCUGGCCCUGUCGCUAGUGUUGGCCCUGCUGCUGUUCAAGCCGGCUCCGAUGUACAUCCUGGACGAGAUCGAUUCUGCUUUGGACUUGAGCCACACGCAGAACAUCGGCCACAUGAUCCGGACGCAUUUCCCGCAUUCCCAGUUCAUCGUCGUCUCUCUGAAAGAGGGCAUGUUCAACCAUGCCAACGUCCUCUUCCGCACCAGGUUCAUCGAUGGUACUUCCACAGUGACGAGGUAUGCCAUCCGCGACGAAGAUGACCGAGUGGAGAUGCCGGCCAAGAAGAAAGCCCGAACCGAGGCGACAGCCAAGUAA